UUGGAGCAACUGUAACGAUUGAAUUUCCCUCUGGAAUUAAUGAAGUAUUUCUGAUUCUGAAUCAUCUCCUUUAAUUUGAUGUUUGACGGCUUGUUGUGAGGAUAAAAGAUAAAAACAACUUCCUACAUGAACUCAUUAUCUCGUUGGUGUUGUUCAUUACAUCGUUUGACUCCAUGGAACAAAGUGUAACCUUGAAUGUUUUCUUCUCUUUCAGAGUCCAGGGACAUGAAAGUCAACCCUCAGCAGGCUCCAUUAUAUGGGCGGUGUGUUAUCACGGUGCAGCUCUCUGAUGAGGAGCUGGCUAGGGAUGAGGAGGGUGUGGACUACUUCCUUCUGUUUGCUGGCAGCACACAGAGACACCUGACCAGCACCCUAAGGAGCAGUCAUGACACCCUGCAGGCGCUUUGUCCCGCCCAUGACUGCUGCGAGGUGGUGUUGGUCACCUUGUGCUCAGCCGGCCGUGAUGUCCCCGAGGACCCCGAGGACCCCGAGGACCCCGACAUCCCAAAGCCCCGUCUGGGUUGCGUGGCCCCGUUGGCGGAGCAUCGCUUCAGCUUUGUCCAGGACUUGGCUUUUGACAUGGCACAGUUCCUGGUGAGCACUGCGGGCCGGGAUGACGGCCUGGACGGCGCGCUGCUGCUGGACGAGUGUCAGAUUCCCCUGCAGGAGUGUGAGCGCCUGGACGAGAGCCUGGCGCUGGCCCUCCACCACCUCGCGCUGCCGCCAGGAUGGAGCUUACUGGGGAACAAACUGACCAACAGCACUGACCUGGACCCUCAGGAGACCCUGCUGCAUUUCUCAGCUCGAAGAGGUCUCUAUCGGGUCACGCACUUCCUGCUGCGGCGAUCCGGAGCCAGAGAGGCCCUGCGAUUGGCCAACAGACAAGGCCACACCCCCUCCGACAUCGCGGCUCAGCGUGGAAACGAACGCCUUCUCCAGCUCCUUACAGAGUAAGCACCGAGCAGUGAACAAGCCGCCAUUAGGGUGAAAACAAUGCGUGCGUUUCAUUUCCAUCAGACGUCAGGUAGGAGCUGGGAAUGAUGUCACAACACGUUCCAGGAAUGACUUAGCAACAUGGAGGAUCAUUGUUGUGUUUGCUCAAACCAGACGUACUGCUUUAACUCCAGAAGGGGGCGGGGCUUCCAGUGAAGGGGAAAGUACCCGGAUAGGUUGCUUCUAUCAGUAGUAUAGAUUCAUGAAGUUUAGUUUAGUUUGAGUCGAAGUGAAAAACAAAUGUAAACAAAGCAACAUGAGCUCAGUCUGUGGACGUUGCCCUCGUGUCAGAGGCUCGCCUUGUUCCUCUGAUAUCUCCACAGAACAAAAGGAGAUUCCAAAGAACAUCACCGCAGAGAUCCGGUGUGGCGAGGUUAGCCGAGGUUAGCCGAGGCUUUUUGAAGCUGCGGCGGGAUUGUUGGAGACAAAUUGAAAGUUUGUGUUCCGUCUGUCUGUCGCCUUUUGUUUCAAGAGAAUCCAGAGAGACAAAAGACUCAGUGACCAAUCCUGAGCCAUUGAACAUCUCAUCCACACACACACACACACACACACACACACACACACACACACACACACACACACACACACACACACACACACACACACACUUGUCUUGUAUUUGCUCUUGUCAGGUUUUAUCCUGAGUGAUCAGUGAGGUCACAUCUGUUCAUCGUUUUAAAGUCAGAACAUUAAAAACCGGAGAGGGGAAAAACAACAACAGGUU